CAUCUGCCGCUUGUUUCCCCCAUAACAAUCAAAGAAGCCACUCUUGCUGUUCAGAACAAAGGAUCUCGGAGGCUCACGGAUAUAAUGAUGAAGUUUGCGCUCCUCAUCCUUAUUGCUUUGUUUGGAGUAUCGUUUGCAUCCAACGACGAAGGCCCGAUCACGGCCCAGACCGUUCAGAAGGUUGGAGCCAAGGCUUACGUAUACAACCCACUUCUCCUGGGGACCAACGGCACACAGAAAACGGAUGGUGGCUCGAGACAGCAGCGAAUGGUGGGCCAAUGGCCGGCAUUGGCAGGACAGGGCAUCUCUCAGACGGUCUUCACACUGGAGCCGUGUGCCAUGAGGCCUGCACAUGUCCACCCAAGAGCAACUGGCCUCUUGUACAUGAUCUCAGGUGCCAAGUUCAUGGUUGGAUAUGUAACUGAGGAUGGCACCCCGGUCAACAACGAGAUCAGCACCGGGGCAUCUGCUCUCUUUCCUAUCGGCUUGGUUCACUACCAGCAAAACCUGGACUGCUUCGAUGCCACUUACGUCAUCAGCUACAACCAUGAAGACCCUGGCACCCAGAUGACAUACGCGAGCCUGCAGCAGCUGCCGGCAGCUGCAGUGGCGGCGACUUUGGGAGUGAACACCACCGGCUACUCAAACCUGCUCUCGGCUUCCCCCAAGGGAAUCUUCAUCAAGAGCAGCGACCCUGAGUGUGUCGCCCGCUGCCAGCUGGCACCUGCCAAAUCAGGCGCCACAGUCAGCGCUGCCAGCGUCAGCGGAUGAGUCACCCCUCCAUGUCAGCCCUGUGUCUGUGGAGCUGACGAAUGCGUUCAAGACUUGAAUUUCAAGAUCUCUUGAAGAUAUACUUCAUGCAAGGAGUGACGCAGCCAAGUUCAGAACACACAAUGCACGGUAACACUUGAAAUUGUUGGGAGUCGGCAUUUGUUGGAGUUGAUAUGGCUAUCUUGCGGCUGCCAUCACACCUGGAAGGGAUUGAAGGAUGAAGCGCUGUUGAAGAGAUCUUUAGAGGAAGAGCAAGGGGAGGUACAUGUUGGAUUUUAGGUCAAAUUGCUCUGACACCGCACAAUGAUGGUUCAGAGUGUCACAGCCUGUGAGGCUCGAGCUCAGGCUGAUGAGGCCCUGACCCUAUAGCUAUGUGCUGACCAGUUUGGGUCGAUAUUUGAAGCUGCAUGCUGAGGCAGCUGCUGGCAUACUCAGCGGUCCAUUAAUCGUAUGAUUUCCGGAGGCCUCUUUGGCCUGAAU